AUGGCCCUCCACCGCCUCGAUGUGUUGCCGCUUUUCUUGGAGUGCCGCCUCCACACUCGCGGCCCCGUCAUGCAGGAGCGACGUGGUCUCUUGCUGCAGCUCUGUAAGCUCAAGACAGGCUUUCUCCUUCUUCUGAAUAUGAUCCCGCAACUCAUCCACCUCCCGCGCGUACGCUGCCCUUUCCAAUUCCAUCGCGCGCUCUCGCUCCGCCAGUUGGGCUCUCAACGAAUCAGCUUCCGCCACCGCACUCUCACGCGUUACACAAACACCAUUCGACUCGUUAUCCAUGUCCGCUUCCUCCUGCAACAGACGAUUACGAUGGAGCACCGUAUCACGCAGGUACGCCUCCAGCUCUCUCUGUAG